AUGACCCGAAUCUGCGUUAAUGAUCGGACUCUUGCUUUCCGCUGCCCCUGUGGGCGCAUAUUUGUCACAACUCGUCAACCCGAGAGUAAAAUGCGUGCAGCCACCCUAGCGGAUAGUCGACGUCACGUAAUGGGUGUGCAUGCACGUAUUCCGCACGAAUUCAUCACAAUCUGUUGUCAGGCGUCUCGGAUAAGUCGGGAGAACAACUUCCAGCUCUAUCCAGAUGAAAUGCUCCUUCGACUGGCAAUGGAUCGUCCCAUAAGGUUAAAUGCUGACCAAUCUGCCGGUGGCAGUACUGCCCGAGGUGUCAGUACUUUUAGGGCCGGCUCCAACGUAACUUCAAUGGCGUCAGGAGUUCCUGGGCGUUCUAGUUACCGAUCGUCCUUGGGACGGUCCUACUCCGGUGUUCUUCCACCCCUGCGGCCUCUUGCAGACCUGGGCACCGAUCACGAAACGGAGCAGGAGGGACCACUUGAUGGCAGCCCCACGGAGAAUAGUGGGUUCCUCUUUCAAGACGAGAUGUCUGAUCACAAGCGAUUGAGUGGACUUGAUGGUAAACGAACACCCUCCGCUCAUGACAAUGGACUCUUGUCGCGCCGAUUCUACCGACCACCAUUCCGUCACAGUUAUCCUAGUUUUAGCAGAAUCGGGGCUUUCAAAAUGCGUGCAGCCUCAACUCCCAUCAGUACUCCUGCGCGGCCAAAGAGGUCCAGCAAACGACCCCACGAGUCUCUUUCACCUAACUCUAAGGAUUCUGCCUUUGAUUCACUCCAGGAGGGCUCUUUAGUUGAGCAACAUCAGGAGGAGGGGGAGGGGGAGGGGCUUGUGGACGAUUCUGGUGAAGAUACUCACCCGCCAUCUAUAAAUACUGAGGAGACGCUACGUUAUUUGAAUGAACGUCCACCCAACGAAGUGGAACGCGUAAUCGAGCUACCUUACUCCAAGUCCGCUUUAAAGGCUUUAGUUCGCGGGUACUGUCCCAAUACCUACUUUGAUGUUCUCGUCAACAAAAUGGAACUCUACACUGCCUAUAGGGUCUACGUAACACGCAAUCGCGGACGUAGAUUCUUCUGCUGUUCCGGUUGUCCCUCCUCAUCACCCCACGGCAUGGGCGACAUUCGAAAACACAUCCUCGGUGUGCACGCCAAAGUACCAGAACGCUAUAAAGCCGCUGCCAUGCACUGUUCUCGACUCAGUCGGGAAGACAACACCCUGCUGCCAGAUCGCAGUCUUCUCCAACUGGCUAGGAUGCGGUGGAAGGGUACUGUAAUUAAACCCCUCGCAGAGAUUGGCUCUUCAGAGACGACCACACUACAGCAGGCUCAACCGUCGCAUCAGUCUGGUACUCGACGCGCCUCGACAUCUAACUUAGGCCUCACUACCAAAUCUCCCGGCUGUGGUGACGACAGUGACCACUGUCAGCUCGACGCCCUUGGCAAUAGUGCCUGUGAUACUAGUUUACCUCUGCCUGUCGCCGUCUGCGGUCUCGUCGGUGAGCCAGCCGCACUGAGAGCACAUUUUGCUCGUGCUCACCUUGAUGUGGAUGCCUACGUUUGUCCUCACUGUCGCUCCUCCAGCUUCAGCAGCCUGCAUGUUGCCAGAAGCCAUCUGCAGAACCAGCAUCCGGAGUCGCCCUGGUGUAGUACUGAGGAUCUUCUUUCUGAGACCUUCCGCGCCGCCGUUGCGGGGGUGAGUGCCUUCUUUAUGACCCGAUUAAGCAGUUUUUAUAUCUCUAUACUUGUGAAUAUUAAGAUGACAUAA